GCUGACAACUGACAAUCGAGAUGUGGUUCGGUCAUCACAGUUUCGGAAUCAUAGCCGAUAGACGCGAUGGGUCAGGUUCCGACAGUCAAGGCAUGUCCAGACAUUUCCAUGCUGUGUUAUGUCCAGACUGUUGGGACUGUAACGUGACGGUGUCCGAUAGUCAAGGCAUAGGAUGCAGGCUAAAACGACGGCAAUUCAGCAAAACGUCACCGAUUUCUCGGGCGAAAACGGCACCGCAUUUGUCGAAAACGGCUACUAUUUGUCGGGUGAAAACGGCACCUCUAUUUUGAUGUAGUAGUAUAUAUACUUUAUGCCAAUCCGAUGUAACCCAAUGUACGAGUGCGGAAGCACCAAUCACUACAUUGUAUAUGAUUUAUUUACACUGUCAUUUCCUGUUUUCCAGUUAUUCACAUUGUCAUCUUCACCACGUCCUUGUUUACAAGACUAGUCCAUGUACCACAGAGCAUUGUGUUAGCAGCUGAGACAGGGAAAGGUCUCCAUCAUUGUAUCUCCGCCACACGUUAAAGAUCUCAUCCUGACGAGAUGUGGAGGCCUUUCUCACAUAGGCCCUGAGUCGGCCCUCCUGCAUGAACCUUGACCAUUGUUGACUGUAGAGGUAGUAGACUGGCCUCUUGGAAAAGCUCUGGGAUCAGUCUGUAGAUACCCAGGGACUGCUCACCAACCCUGUUGUUUCUUAUAAUUUUGAUCUGAGAGCAGUGGAGUGGAUUUUAGGGGUUUAACGUCCACUUCCCAGUUAUAUUAAUGGAUUUUGUGGAUGGGGUAGGUGGGAAAAAGAAAAUAUGAAUAAUAUUUCAAUAAAGUUAAUCACCAUACCGAAGAAACUGUAACAGUAGGGACAUAAACCUAAUACUAAGUACUAAACUAUAAGAUAUACACCUAGAGUAUUAGUGCUAAAAUAUUUUAAUAAAUAUAUAGUAAUAUUGAGAUUACUUUAUCAAGAAUAGAAUUUUAUAGGAUGUUAAGGUCUAAAGUUGGUCAAGAGCACUGUUUAUUUAUCCUAAUAGGUGGUUACUCUACUAUAUACUAGAAAAAGUAUAGCAUAGUGGGGUUGCUAAUUUCUAAUGUAAACUUGUUUUAUUUACAUUUUUACAAUUAUUGGUGUUUGCAGGUGAAAAUGUGAGUUUAAUUUAAUUUAUUUCAGUACCAAGGUAAAAAAUAAAAUAAUGUGCCAUUUAUAGCCGUUUUCGCUUUAGGCGAGGUGCCGUUUUCGCAAAUCGGUGCCAUUUUUGUUCGGUGCUGUUUUGCUGAAGUGCCGAUUUAGCUAUAACCUCAUGACAUUACCCGACGUUUUCGGACCCCAUCGCUGCUCCAGGCAGCUAUGGCUUCAAGAUCUAUAAGUAUCACAUUAUUGUAGAGAUUUACCCACCCCUCAGACUGAAAAUCAUAACUUUGCUGGCAAUAAUAAAAUAAUAAAAAUCAAAGGUUUGACCCAAAGUUCACAAAUCCAGCAUGAUGUCACACAAUUUUAAACUACUCAGGUGAAGGAUACCUGCAGUGUUUGAUCCUAUUCAGGUGAAGGAUACUCUUUGUGUUUGAUCCUAUUCAGGUGAAGGAUACACUUUGUGUUUGAUCCUAUUGAGGUGAAGGAUACACUUUGUGUUUGAUCCUAUUCAGGUGAAGGAUAAACUUUGUGUUUGAUCCUAUUCAGGUGAAGGAUACUCUUGGUGUUUGAUCCUAUUAAGUUGAAGGAUUCUCUCAGUGUUUGAUCCUAUUCAGGUGAAGGAUACUCUCGGUGUUUGAUCCUAUUCAGGUGACGGAUACUCUCGGUGUUUGAUCCUAUUCUGGUAAAGGAUACUCUCAGUGUUUGGUCCUGUUCAGGUAAGAAUGCUCUCGGUGUUUGAUCCUAUUCAGGUGAAAGAUUCCCUUGGUGUUUGAUCCUAUUAAGGUGAAGGAUUCUCUCAGUGUUUGAUCCUAUUCAGGUGAAUGGUGCUCUCAGUGUUUGAUCCUAUUCAGGUGAAAGAUUCCCUUGGUGUUUGAUCCUAUUCAGGUGAAGGAUACUCUCAGUGUUUGAUCCUAUUCAGGUGAAGGACACUCACAGUGUUUGGUCCUAUUCAGGUAAAGAAAGCUCUCGGUGUCUGAUCCUAUUCAGGUGAAGGAUUCCCUAGGUGUUUGAUCCUAUUCGGGUGAAGGAAGCUGUAAGUGUUUGAUCCUAUUCAGGUACUUGAUGUUUGAUCCUCUGCAGGUGAAAGAUGUCUCUCAGUGUUUGAACCAGUUCAAGUGAAAGAUGGUUCUCCAGAAGGAAAACAGCAUCCAGCUGAAGACAGCUCUGGGUACAAGUGAGAUACAGCUGCUGACAGGGGACAUCACACAGCUGCAACAAGAUGAGGCAGUGGACAUCGUCCUCGUCUCAGCAUUUCAAGGGGACUAUUCUGAGGUGUCAUCCUUUACUCUUAUUGGUGCUUUGAGUCGGAGAUUGAACAUCAGCGUCAGUGAGCUGUCAAGGGACAAGGAGCUUGACCUCAGGGCUAAUUUCAAUUGCUGGGUGUCCAAACCUCUGCCCCACAAUGUGCCAUACCGACGACUGGUGUGUUUUGAGAGAGGUCGUAGGGCUGGGAAUGGAACCACCGCCCAGCAGAUCAGCACCAUGUUUCGUGCCAUGACGCCAAUCUUUAACAAUGAGGAGACGACUGUAAUUACGCCUCUCCUGGCCACUGGAAACCAGGGCCAGUCAAAAGUGGCAGUGCUGAAGGCAAUGGUAGAUGGAGCUUGUCACUGGAUCAAGGCCGGCCUCCCUCUUCGAUGUCUGAAGAUUGUCCUGUAUGCUGCAGAACUCAACAUGAGGGACAUAGAAGCCGUGAAGCUGUUCAAGCAGCUGAAGAAAGUCUGGGAAAAACAGAACCUCACUCAGCCAGAAGAGGAUCAGAGUAUUGAUGUGUUCAUCUCCCAUAGUAACCAUGACAACCAUUGGGCUGACAAAAUUGCUACCCAGUUGACGGAGAUACGCCCUGGACUGAAGGUGUACAAACAACAGCUCCAGUUCUCAGCCGACGAGGUGUGGCAGGAAAAUGUCUUCCACGUCAUGAUGCAGUCGGUCAGAAUCAUCGCCAUCUUAAGCCCUGCAUAUGUGGAGAGUCAGGAGUGUCUGGAACAGUUCAACAUAGCUCUGUGUGUGAACCGCCUGUCUGAACACCACCAGAUCUGUCCCAUGUAUGUUGAGACGGUCACCUCCAUCCCCUCCUACAUGCAGUUGGUGCAGUACGUGGAGUGCAGACAACGGAAAGAAGGGGAGGUAACUGAGAUACUGAUCAAGCAGGCAUGUAUAACAAUUUUGAGUUCAGUGCCUGAGUCUGACCAGCCCAAAGAUAACUCGGUACCAACCCUGCCAGCCAGGACGACAUAUGACGUGUUCAUAUCCUACUCUCAUCGAGACCCGACACCUGCCCAGACUCUGCUGCAGUGUCUUCAGGAACAGGACUCCACACUCAGUGUCUUCUUCGACAGGAGCGAACUCACGACUGGAAGUCUCUGGCAGCAGAGCCUGUAUGAUGCCAUGGACAGCGCCCGCUGCGUGGUGGCGCUGCUGUCCAUGAGCUACAUGGUAUCUGACGUGUGUAAGGAGGAGUACAACAUUGCCCUUGCUAGGGCUUUUGCUUCAGAAGAUGUCUCUCUGAUUCCUGUUUCUGUAGAAUCUUUGGAGGUCAUCCCUCAGGCCUUCAGUCAUGUGAAAAUACUUAAUGGAUCAUUAGCCAAUCAAAAUGAUGCCCUCAGACAGAUCUCCAGGGAAGUGAUUAAUUUGGUCAGAAAUGGACAGAAGGGACCAAAUAUUGUAAAGCCAACUCACUCAGGUAUUCCUCAGGGAGCUCAACUGCUGCGACGGAAUAAAGAAUUUGCACGGUACAAAGUAGAGGGAAAAGAAAUCAUACAUAAGGACCCAAACCAACACUCAAUGAGUAACGAGAUGCCAGUGGACAGAGGUGGCCAACAGAUUGUGUUCAGCUUUUCUCACGACUCACUCCGCCUUGCUAUUAUUCUGUCUGAGUUGAUAAACCAGGCAUCACCAGACACAAACUGCACUUUCAUCAGUGAGAAUAACAAGGAUAGACUCCACUUGAUGGACCAGUCCCAGCUUGUGGUGAUCAUAGUAUCUGACGGCUACACCCAGUCAGCUCAGCUCCUUGAGGAGCUUCAUCUCAGCCUCUGUCGCCAGCGGAGAGAAAAGCCCAGGAGGAUGAUGUACCUGAUCGAGGGAUUACACCUCAGUGCCAAACCUGAAUACCUCCAUCUCCUGGACUACAAAGUCAGCAUCACUGACAAACUGUGGACUGCUCAGACAACCAAGGGAAAAAGACCUGAUGAGUUUUUCACUGCAACAAGAGGUGGAAUUAAGGGCUCUUACACUUGCACUCUGCCAGAGCGUCUGGCCCUCAGCAAAGCUACACUUGACAUCCUGGAUAUUGUGUACAAUCGAUCUCCUUACAUACACAUAGGCAGCAUCCUCAACAUCCUCAACAUUGGCAGCCUCCUUGCAGACGAUGAUGACGAAAGUGUCCCAUUCAAACAGUUUUCAAAGGCAAUACAGAUUGGCGAUAACCCAUCAGGGGAGGCAACCAGCGAUAGACCCGACUCGGCAGACAAGUUCUGUGAUAUAAGCAGUACUCAUGAAGAUGCUGAUUUGAUGAUGCAAGCAAAACUAUUCAGUGCCAGUGCCAAAAAAUUGAAAAGGAGUUCCUUUUGUGUCAUUUUAUAAUGGUUAGUUUAGGUAUCCAACACUCUAUUGCUGGGUGUAAGGCAUACUGUAAUUAACUGGAUCUGGUGUCCAAGAUUCAGUGACUUGGUUAUGUGUCAUCGUACCCUGAACGUGCUGUGACUUAAUCUCAGGUCCACUCUCAAAUGGCAGGGUCCCACAUCAAUACGUCCACUCUCCAAUGGCAGGGUCCGACAUCAAUACGUCCACUUUCCAAUGGCAGGGUCCAUCUUCAGUAGGACAACUCUCCAAUGGCAAACAAAUGAUGAUAUUAUUUGAAUACAUGUGUUGUGUCAGAUGUUUCUGAAUAGCAAGUUGUGCAUACUGGGGUUCAUAGGCUCAUGUCACCUCUCUUUUUGAGGAACUAUUUUAUUCCGAUACAGCUGGUUGUUGUAUGGCUGUAAACAUGAAGUCACACCUACUAAAUAAAAUUGUGUAUAGAACUAGACCUACAUCCUUUGAAUAAAGAAUUGUGAUAAACAGUUAUAAGAAUUGACUUUCACUUUGAACCUUUAUACUCUAAUGAACUCACACAAAGUGAAAGUCAAUUCUUAUAAUUGUUAAUAUAUAUUUAUACUUUCUAUCUGUAUUUUAAUCUGAGUAUGUAGUAUUUUGUUACUUUGAUGCUGAAUAUUAAGUCAGAUAACUCACGUGUUAUUGGACAUUCGUUACAAUGCUGGCUUGUAAUCAUUUAUAACAAAUCUCCAGUUACUUGUGUCAUCCUUAACAUAACAUGGUCCGUGUGUGUAUCGUAGGUGGGAAAGUUUACACAUCCUCUUGAUUUAAUUUUUGUCUGGAUCGUAAAGAAGAUUUACACAGAUAAGAAACAUGUGGGUGUAUCAUUUUGAACCGUCAUCCUGAAACUAAAGGAACCAUAGCAACAAGACUAGUAGUUGGGUAUAAUAAUUAUUCUGCCUCAAUAGGUGUGUUAAACGGAUGUAUUAUGUUACAUCAGAGACCAUAUAAUAGAUGGUCUCUGGUUACAUGUAUCGGGUGAAGUCAAACAAUGGCUACUAUUUUCUAAUACUUUUACAAAAAAAAAUUCUGAAAUGUGUUUAUAUGUACAUGUUGUUGGAAGGUGUGUUUCCAAGUUGAUUUUAUUUAUUAUUAAGUUGUCACAGUACAACUCACUUGUAACAGCUGCUGGUUAUGGACUCUGACUGUAUUCAAGGUACAGUCAUCAAUGAAUAAAUAGUUGAUCAAGUUUAUUAGCAUGAUCGAAUGUAAAGCAA